UGGUAUAUUACGUUGUCAGAGCACGGUCACACUGGCCGUUCCUACGGUUCUUAAAAAUAUUAACGUUUCCAGUUAAAUAUAAGAUCUAAAAAUCUCGGUACAGCGCAAGCGAGUACAAAUUGCUUUAACAAUUGUGUCACGAAGGGCCAUUGCAAGAUGAAGAUCAAGGAACUGCAGAAGACGGUGAACAUUGCCUGGUCGCCGGCGCAGCAGCAGCAGAUUCUCUUGGCUGCCGGUACCGCCGCCCAACAAUUUGAUUCCAAUGUCAAUUCCACUCUAGAGUUGUACUCCCCGAACUUUAGCGAUGCCACAUACGAUCUGGAGCUGAGGGCCAGUGUUUCCAGCCAGUACAAGUUCCAAAAACUUAUCUGGAGCCCCGUGGGACCUCACCCAAGUGGACUAAUUGUGGGCGGUUGCGAGGCGGGACAAAUCAACAUAUACUCAGCCGACAAGUUGCUCGCCGGCAAGGAAGAUCCGCUGCUGAAACGCCAGGACAAGCACACAGGCGCCGUUAGCGGGUUGGACUUCAAUCCCUUCCAGAACAACUUGCUGGCAUCAUGCGCCUCCGAAUCGGAAAUCCUAAUCUGGGACCUCAACAACCCGGAAACUAGCAUGAGCCCCGGCGCCAAGACACAGCCGCUAGAGGACGUAAAGAACGUUGCGUGGAACAGGCAGGUGCAGCACAUUCUGGCCUCCGUGUUCAGCACGCGCUGCGUGAUUUGGGAUCUGCGUAAAAGUCAACAGAUCAUCAAGCUCUCGGACUCGCAGUCGCGAGUGAGGUGGCACGCUAUUGAGUGGCAUCCGGAGGCGGCGACGCAGGUUUGGCUGGCUUCCGAGGACGACCAGGCGCCGGUGGUGCAGCUGUGGGAUCUGCGUUAUGCCACGGCUCCAGCUAAGACAUACCAGAUUCAUGAGCGCGGAGUACUGGGAAUGUCGUGGUGCCUGCAAGACAACGAUCUGAUGGUUUCGUGUGGCAAAGACAACCGCAUUUAUUGCUGGAACCCCAAUACCAAGAUUCCAGAGGGAGAAAUCCUAUCUGAGGUUGCUACCACUGCCUCCUGGUACUCCGAUGUGCAGUUCUGUCCACGCAAUCCGGCUCUGAUAGCAAGCGCCAGCUUGGAGGGAGCAGUUUCUAUUUAUUCUCUACAUGGAGGCACUCACCACCUAGUCCAAACUGCCAACAAGAUUGCCGACUCUUUUCCGGGCAUGGAUCAAUUUUCCCAGGAGCCAAUUCCGCAGCAGGCCACGCAAGUGGUUUACCAUGACCUGGCCCACGCUCCCAAGUGGAUGAAGCGUCCCUGUGGCGUUGCCUUUGGAUUUGGUGGCAAGUUGGUCAGUUUUAAUGGAACCUCGAAAACGGUCAAGGUCCAACAGCUAACCACCGAAUCUGCCCUUGUGGAACGGGCCAAUGCCUUGGAACGUUCUCUGGUCGAUGCUAACUAUUUGGAUUACUGUCGGCAGCGGGCCGACGAGACACCUGAUCAGCACGGACGCUACAUCUGGUACUUUAUCAAGGCGAACUUCGAGCUUAAUCCCAAGGAGGAAAUGCUGAACCUCUUGGGCUACAACAAAGACGACAUCGAUAGCAAGUUCAACAAGUAUAUCAAGGAAACAGAUGGGAACUCGCAUUCGGAUGUGGAUACUCUGACGACCCGCAUUUCGACACUGACCCAUACGCAAGACAACAAGUUUGAUGUAAAUGCAAUCGACUCACAAAAUCACAACGACUUCGCCGCUCCACCAAGGCCGCAAUUCAAGAUUCCCAGCGGAGAUCACUCUGAUAGCAUGAUUGCCGAGGCAAUACUCACAGGCAAUGUAGAUGCUGCCGUGGAGCUUUGUCUGGAAGCCCAGCGCAUUCCUGAAGCCCUUAUUAUCGCCUCAACUGCUGGCAUAGAGACUCUAACCCGCACUCAAACACGCUACCUGCUGCAGCAGAAGAACGAGCUUUCGCAAGUGAUCUCCGCAUUGGUAUCCCGUGACUGGCUGGACUUUGUUAACAGAUGCACUGUAGACUCGUGGAAGGAAGCCCUGGUGGCCGCCCUCAAGCACAGCGAACGCAAGGUGGUGGACAUCUGCGAACGACUGGGCGAUCGCCUCUUAAGUGAGUGCGCUUCAAGCGCCGAGUUUACGCGCAAUGCCAUGCUCUGCUACAUUUGCGCCGGCAGCAUCGACAAACUUGUCACCGCCUGGUACCAGUUAAAGCGGCUGGAGCAGCAGAACCCCGGCUACAAGCCCAACACCGCAGAGUUGCAGGACUUAGCUGAGAUGGUGAUGCUGAUGUGCAAGUCGUUGGAGCAGCAAGGCAUAUCCGUGGACCUGGCAGGUCGCUUUGCUGGCUUCCUAACUGAGUACGGCGGUCUUCUUGCGUCCCAGGGUGCUCUUACUGCAGCCCUGCAGUACAUUACCACCUUGGGAGGAGGAGCAGCUAGCGAAAGCGAUGUUCUCCAGAGCCUGCGAGAACGGAUAAAUAACGCUGUCAACCUGGACUACUCCCAGCCAGCAGCAGUCGCUGCCGCUCCCCUUAGCUACCAACAGCAGCGCAAUCGGGGAUCUUUCUCGCAGCCACAGCCAUCGGUUGCCAUGCCCUACGGCCAGACGCCCAAUCAGUAUGCACAGCCCAGCUGGCCAACGCAAGUGCCUCCAUUACAAACAGCAUACCCAGGAGCCCAGCUGCCACCGCCGCAGAUCUUCAAUCCGCAGCCUGUGAAACCAGAGCCUUUGGCCCAACCACCGCGCCCACUCAGCAACGCCAGCUCUUCAGGUGGUCCACCGCAAGCAGGAGGCGCAUCAUCGUCCGGCGGAUCGGGUCUUUCCGGCCGCUCCAAAUACGUUUUAGAUCCAUCUGUAGCAGCUCCAACCAGUUCCUACGGCCUGCCAUACAAUCCAGUGCCGGCACACGUUCCAUCAGCGGUCCCAUUUGGCAGCGGAGGAGUGUCUGGUCCCGUACCCCAGCCAGUUAGCGUGCCAACCUACAACAGCAAGGAGUUCAACACGAAUCCGAUUGCGGCUGCCCAACCUUACAACCCGUCGUCAUUCAUGCCAGGUCAGCAGAAUCAGUUCCUGCCCGGUGUAAACCCCAUUGAGGCAAUGCCACCGCCAGCUGCGCCACCGAUCAUCCAGAAUGUGCAACGCAAUCCCACACCACCACCUGGCUGGAACGAUCCUCCUGCACUGAAAUCUUCGCGAGCGCCUAAGCCUAAGCCGGUCGUUGAACCAAGUGCUGCAAUCUUUCAUCCCCUGUUCCCAGUCGACCCGAAUCAAAACCAGAACGGUUAUGUCGACCCCUCUCAAUAUCAGCACGCACCACCACCUGGAGGAGUGCCCAAUACGUACUACAACCCGGGUGCCUUUAACAACAAUCCCCAGCAGCAAUCAUAUCUCCAGCCUCAGCAGCCACCCUCUGCGAUUUCGAACCAGGGAGGACUCCAACAGCAGAACUGGCAGGGGCAGCAGCAAACCAUUGGCUAUACUGAGCAGCCAGCACCCAUCCAGCAACAGCGCCAACCGGAGCCUCCCAAGGAGAAGGCCCCGCUUCCCGAGGAGUACAUAUACUUGCAGACAGUGCUGGAGGAGCUGAAGAACCGCUGCUUGGGCGCAACCAAUGAUCCGCGCACAAAACGGAAGUUUGUCGAUGUUGUAAAGAGGCUCGAAAAUCUCUACGAUUGCCUAAGAGAUGGAAAGCUAACUCCCACAACGGUGCAAUAUCUGAAUCAAAUAGUACAGUACAUUCAAAUAUCCGACUAUGCCAAUGCACUAGAAAUCCACACGCGAAUUGCCUUCGGAACGGACUUUGCGCAGUGCGCCGGCUUUAUGCAGGGACUGAAGGUUCUCCUGCAAUCCGCAUCCGAGCUGCAGUUGGUUUUGCGCUAAAGCACCGUCGCCGGAUCGUAGCCAAGCUCACUAAUCGUAUAUUCUUAUUGUGUCUUCAGAUAUCAAUGUCUUUUGUGUUUUGUAUACAAAGUGUGGUUACCUUCGUUAGUGUAGGCUGGGAUUACCAGAGUGUCAACGUUAUUCCGUGUAUUGAAAUAUAUUUCCACUUAAAUCGCAAA